GUAACAGGUGCCCGCGUGCAUAGCAACCUGCCUUUUACCUUCAUAAAAUUUAUGAAAAAGAUUUCCAAAUUGAUGAACUGGAAAGGCAGUAUCCAGUAAAUCACCAUGGCAACUGUAAUGCCAGGAUUACGGCCACAGACUCAGUCCAUGUCUCUGGUCAGGUCCAAUACCAGUAGCAGGAUUACUACGCCAUUUCCUCAGACAGGCAGGUCCAACCUUGUUAUGUCUGCAGAUCCACUCUCAAAGUCGUCGCCAAAUUUCUUGAGCAAUGGCAACAACAAACCUCAGUCAGCACACAACCUUGUCCCCAAUGCUCAACUCACCAUCAUCGACCUUGAGGCAGUGUUGAGAGAGAAAAUACGCCAAAAGUACCGAGAUAUCCAUCAGGCCUUCCAGAAUUACGACACCGAUCUAACACUGAGCGUCACCAAGGGUGAGUUCAGGCGGGUCCUGGAGCUCUUCUGUCUGCCCAUGACAUCUGAUCAGUUUGCUGCAGUCCUUGCCAAGGUUGCCACUAACCCAAAUGGCACUGUCCGCUACGUAGAAUUCAUGGAUAAGUUCUAUGGGCAGAUUACGAAAAAGGCUGACAAAUCAUGGGUGAGCGGCAGUCAUCGCUAUGCCAAUGGCGGCCAACAGAAUGGGUCUCCAUCGAAGUUACAGGAACUCAACGUGGACAUGAUUGAGAAGAUGCUGAGGGAUAAGAUCAGUAAGAAUAUGAAGAAUAUUGCCAAGGCUCUGCGUCUCUUUGACUACAAUCGAGACGGUAACAUCCAGAGACAUGAACUAAGGAAGGUCCUAGAAAAUUACUGCUUCAAACUCACUGACCCACAAUUUGACAAAUUAUGGCAGAGAUAUGACUUCCAUCACACCGGGAUUCUCAACUACAAGGAUUUCCUGACAAAGUUGGGCGUUUCUGUUGACCACAGGAUGAAUGCUACAAUUCCAGAGGGAGCAAGAGGAGCUCUUGUUUGGGAACAGAAAGCAGAAAAGGCUAAGUUGAAGAAGAUGACGGUUGACCUCAGUAAAGAUGAAAAUAUGAACUUCUACCAAUUGGAAAGGGAAUUGAGAAAAAGGAUGCGAACAAAUUAUGUCAACCUGAAAAGAGCCUUUCUAGCCUUUGAUGCCAAUCAGUCUGGUCUUAUCUCCCUGGAGGAUCUCAAAUCUGUGCUUCAUAAUUUCACCAUACCAAUGUCGGACCAGUUAUUUGGACAACUCAUGGAAAAGCUCGGUUUCAAGGCAUCGGGUAAAAUCUCCUGGGAGGCAUUCCUCGAGAAGUUCCAGAACCCAAUGGCUGCUGGCAACGGGCAGACGUUACCAAUUAGGGACGACAACCACAAGUUCUUCCCAAUUCGUGGGGCAGAGGAAAGCAAAACAUUGGAGGAAAUAUUGAGAUUGCUCCAUGCUAAAGUCACAGAUCACUUUAGUUCAUUCAAGCAAGCUUUCCUUCAGAUUGAUAAGAGGCGGGAUGGUAAGAUCACCAAGUCGGAACUGAGAAAAGUUCUGAAUACGUUCAAGUUUGACAUCUCAGAUGCACAAUUCAAGGAACUCAUCAACGCACUUAGCCCCGAGGGGAACAGCAUAUCGUAUCAUAAAUUCCUACACCUAUUUGAGGCACGUGAUGACAUGAAGGAGGGUCAUAAGUGGUUGAACUCGGUCCAUCGUUAUAACGACAAGCAGAAACCGGCCAUCCUGGCAUGGGAAACAGUUGAGGAAAUACUGCGCGAGAAGAUUGUUUACCAUUGGAAGGACAUAGCAGACGCAAUACUCGCAUGCGAUGACAGAGAUGAAGGCCUCAUCUAUCCACUAGAACUCAAGAAAAUUCUUGAUAAGCACUGCCUGCCCACUACCCAAGAACAUUUUGAUUUCCUUGUCUCCAGAUGUCAGGAAAAGCGUGAAGAUGGAAAGAUGAAUUAUGCCGACUUCCUGAUCAAACUUGGCGUGGACGUUAUGCCUGGGGAUGUGGUCGGCCUCAGUAACCAGAUCGCUGAAUCCAGUGAUGCAGCAGAGCUCAAGAGGAUGGACGAUCUCUAUGCUAGGUUGAACUCAAACUAUCAGUGCACUGCUGAGCGUUCCAGUGGCAUGUCGCCGCCAGAAAUCGUAGCCCGCCUAAAAGACCGCAUGGCACAGCACAGUAACACGAUAAGGGAUGCGUUUGUCUCCUACGACAGGAGACGAAGAGGAAAAAUAUCAAAAGUUGACUUCAAAAAGAUCUUGGAAACCUACGGCCUACACUUCUCCGAUGAACAUUACGCAGAGCUCUGCAGUUACCUAGGAUUCCAAAAGGGCUUCAUGAACUACACGAACUUCAUCAACAGUUUUAGCGACCCGCGUCCACAGGGACCUGGUCAAGAGUUCCUGCGUCGGGACAACCAUCAUGUGAAUCCAAUUCGUGGUGACCAAUGGGGUAUGACGGCAGAAGAGGUUGAGUUAAGUCUUAGAAAGAAGGUGGUUGAGAACUUUUCAAAUCUCCGAGGUGCUUUUUACAAAUUUGACGACAAUCACAGCGGUGGUUUGACAAAGGAGAACUUCCGUCGCAUGCUGGAUGCAUUCAUGUACAUCAUGACAGAUGAAGAGUUUGAACGUUUAUGCGGACGUUUUGGCGUCACACGACGGACCAAGAUUUCGUAUACAGACUUUUUGAACACGUUUGAAAUACGUGACACAUCGGAUGGACAUCAUUGGAUUUCAGACCAUAGGUUUAACGAAACGUUCCCAACUCGCGACAUGUUGGCAGAAGAAGUGCACAACGCCCUGACGAUAAAAGCUCACCGCCAGUGGAUCGACCUCGCCAAAGCUUUCCGUACCAUGGACCAGGACGGUAAUGGCAUCAUUACACGACGGGAACUGAGAGACAUUCUCCACCGAUUCAUCCUACCAAUAGGAAAGGAGGAGUUUAGUCGUCUUUGGCAUAUGUAUGAUCCUGCUGGAAAGGGUGCCAUCUCACACGAAGCCUUCUUAGAGAAGCUCACAGGCGAGCGUUUCGCCCCGGGCGACGAACAAGGCAUGAGCAAGGAUAUCAUCGAAAAGAGUUACCAGCGUCUCGCCGAGCACCACGAGUCACAACUCAAUAAACACAAACAGAUCUCCGUCAACCAAGCGCACAUGACCUCGGUACUCAAUAUCAACGACGUCCAUCAGAAACUCAAGGACAUAAUCCGAGAUUACUACGAUGACUUGUAUUCAGCCUUUAAGAGGUAUGACAAAGGAAGAAAGGGAUAUCUGACUGUCAACGAAAUACAGAAUGUUCUUGUCAGUCUCAACUUCUUCCUGACUGACGACCAGUUCUUCGAAUUAUUAGAUAGAGUUGGAUUAACCACAGACAAAAGUCGACUGAGCUACGAGCUCUUCCUCAAAGCAUUUGAGGAGGGAAGAAAAUCUGCAUACGGUCACCGACGACCCGAUGUUGUCAUCAAACAACAUCCAUCGUGGACACCAACGAAGGCCGAGACUCGGUUGCGAGACAAGGUUGCAGCCAAUGUGGACAGUAUUCAAAAGAUGUUCGUUGCAUUUGACAAGGGAGAAACUGGGCGUGUGAAGGCGUCAGAAUUCCGACGAGUAUUAGACAACUUCUGUUUCAAGAUGACAGACGAACAGUUCAAAGGGUUAAUGAGUAAGAUCAAGGUGGAAGGGGACAACAUGGUGGACUAUCAAGCGUUCUUGAGUUCAUUCACAUUGGGAGAGACCAAGAGAAUUCAAGCAGAUGCAGAGAAGUGGCUCCAGCACAUCCAAAAUGCAGUACGGGCUCGAACCCCCCUUCCAAUACCAAUUGAUGAAGUCCGAGAGAACCUGCGAGAAGCCGUGACAGCCCGCGUCUACGUGUUUGCGAAAGCAUUCAGUGAGAUAGAUUAUGCCAAGAUCGGGGUGAUCUCCAAGGAGGAUUUCAGGAGGGUGGUCAACGAAAAUGCUUUCCGUCUUACCGAUGACCAGCUGGACAAACUCUGGGCAAGUCUUUCAGUUAACGAAUUCGGCAACUUGGAUUACAAAGGGUUCUUGUCGGAGUAUUCGGGCCAGGAAGGAGAUUGGUGUCAAGUCACGCAACCCCAACCUUCAUGUACGCAGCGUGAUAUCAUGUCACGAAUGGCACAGACUCCCAUGCUUCCUCCACCUACUGCUGACCCAAACCUGAGGCCUUCGCCAGCAAUCUUUAGGCCACCAACUGCUAAGUCUCCCACGAAUCUGAAGUCAAAAUCUGUAAUCAGGGUGACCAACACUCCUCUGUGCAGGUCAACAAGUUAUACAGAACAGUAUGAGGUCGACUACAGUAAACCCGAGUCGAUGAAGAUUAUGAGGAGAGCUAACACCCCAGCUCUUGUUGAUGCGUCCAGGGCUGAGCAGAUGCUCAAGGACGUAAUCUAUAAAAACUGGAAAGACAUGCAGCGACAGUUUAGGCAGAUCGAUAGCGACAACCGAGGGACGAUACACCCGAAUGAUUUCAAAGAUGUUAUUGACAGAUACCUGACCUUGCCAUUUGACGACCUUGAGAGGUUAGCCAUCAAAUAUGAUGUCAAGGACAAGGGAAUGGUCAAUUACCGCGACUUCCUUCGCCAUUUUGUACUGACCAUGAAGACCAGGGAAAACACCUUGGUCGAGAGAAGAAUCUUGCCAAUGCGCCAAACAUCCUCAGUGGGGGGAACCUCGACGACCAGUAAGGGACCUCAACUAAAUGACAUCAUGACAAGAAUGCGAGAAUGUGUCAUGGAAAAUUGGAAAAAAAUGCGUCGCUCAUUCCGUCAAAUUGACAAGAAUGCAACUGGCGUUAUAGCGCCGCUUGAAUUCCGUAGCAUACUCAAAGAAUUCCAAAUAAACCUGUCAGAGAGUGAAUUCUUCCAUAUUUUGACAUUUUAUGAUGCAGAUAUGACAGGAAAAAUCCAUUAUAAUGAUUUCAUAAGGGCCUUCAUUACUGUUUAGGAUAAAUGGCCUAUUCCAAUAGUCCUGUGCUUUGAACUCAUUCAGACGUUAAGAGAGAAAUUUGUGAAGUUUCUCCCUGAACUACUUCUUCUCAACUUAUGACCUUUCACAACAUUGUUUUUGUGAAAUUUUAAAGAGUAUUUGCUAACUCAAUGUCAACACAUACAUGGUAAUUUUUGUAUGAAGGGUACCAGGCGUAAAACUGCUCCUCGUGACGGGGGAUCAUGGGGGUCGUUUUUUUCUGUUUACCUAUUUUUGCUGUGGUGGAGCAGGUUCUGGCAAAGUUCUUGGUAUGUUCUCGAAGAAGCCAUACCUUGAUGACCUUUUCAACACUCAAUGCGCAUAAAAAGCCAGAGCUAGCCAAAUUCAUGCUUCGAGUGACUCACCAAACUUGCUAAACAUCCCCUGUUUGUCUCCCUGAACUACUUCUUCUCAACUUAUGACCUUUCAGAACAUUGUUUUUGUGAAAUUUUAAAAGAGUAUUUGCUAACUCAAUGUCUGACACAUACAUGGUAAUUUUUGUAGGAAGGGUACCAGGCAUAAAAAUGCUCCUCGUGACGGGGGAUCAUGGGGGGUCGUUUUUUUCUGUUGACCUAUUUUUGCUGUGGUGGAGCCGGUUCUGGCAAAGUUCUUUGUAUGUUCUCGAAGAAGCCAUACCUUGAUGACCUUUUCAACACUCAAUGCGCGUAAAGCCAGAGCUAGCCAAAUUCAUGCUUCGAGUGACUCACCAAACAUGCUGAACAUCCCCUGUUACUGGCUUUCAUGUUCAUCCCUGACUCAAGUUUGACAAAGUAUGACCGGAAUUUGGUAUCUGAGUAAUGGAAAGUUAUAGUAUUAUCAACUCUCUCUUACUCAAUUCUAUACAAUUUUAUUGGGCCUUUAGCUGGUGGCGGGCAUCUUUUGCAGCACAGUAUGCCCCUGGGUUUUAUUGUGGGGCUCGUCUGAAAGAUGUUCUAAUCACAAGUCAUGACGUGUGAAGCCCUCAGGCCUGGGGGAUGCUAAAAUUAACUCAAUCAGGUUUUAAGAAGUCUACAUUUUGAAUGAGACUCAUCAUAUCCAUUGGGACAUUUUCCUGCUGUGGCUCCAGCACGUAUGACGUAAUUGAAUGACACCUGCUGGUGAGGUUUGCAUGGGAAUCUUUCGAUGAUAUUUCAACUUCUUAGUAACUAUCUUAAAGGGACAAUAUACGUAGCAGCUAGGCAGGCAAGAUAAAGUUACACAAAGUCGCCAAUAGGGGUCCCUCGCAUCUCGUAAUGAUUCGCGCUUGUACGAGGAAUAUAUUGAGCGCUGAAUCUGACAUGACCUAGAGCCCUUACUGUGUAUAUUAGUCACCUGAAGAUGACCAAAUUAGCCCCUCUGCUCCUGCCUAUAGUCCCCCUUUAAUUGUGGGUAAUUAUUUAGUCACCAUGCUCUUGAAUUGAGCAUACCUGUAGUUAACCUACUGGGAUGACAGUGGCAGGAAAAUGCCCUUGGAAUCGGGCCUCAUACAAAGUUUUUUAAAGUUUUCUCGUUAAAGUUGACUGUGAUAAAUUUGAUUUGUACAUGUGCAUAUAAUGUAAUUUAAUGUCCUAUUGAUACUCUGUACAUUUAUUUAUGCAUAUAUUGGAUAAAAAGUAUAAACAUGUUAUAUUUCUACACAAAUAUACUACUAGUUAAUCCUUUAUAAUAAUAAUGAUGUCAUAAGAACAACCAACAUAUUUUUUUUGAUCAUAUGUACCAGUACACUAGGUGAGAUUCAAGAAUCCCUGGUGGUGGUAACAUGAACUAUUCCAGGCCACUUUAUUGUCGUGACACACGUGUCCCUUUAAAAUUGAUCAUAGACAUCUCCACAUAAAGAUAGCUGCAAAUUUGUAUGGCUUUUUUAUCAUGAAGUUUAGUCCAAAUUAGUGACAUUUUAAUGAACACUGAUUUGUAAUGAAGAAUAUGAAAUAAGUGCCAAAUGUACUCUUGUAUCAUAUACAUGUAUAUAUAUAUGCACCAAUAUUGCCAAAUGAUGAGCACUUGUGAUAUUAGCAUUCUAACUUUUAAACCAAGUAUAAACCAAUUUUGAUAGAUAGAUUUUUCUUUCAAACAUUUACUCAGUUAGUACAUAUACGAUGUCCUCAUUUGGUCAGUCCUGCCCCCAUGGAUCUGCCUGGGAAAAACCAAGCUGUUCUUGAAGCUCUGGGUGAUGUUUGUCUGGAAAUAUUGUGUAAUUUAUGCGAUAAAACAUAACUUAAAGGUACUUUCUUUCGCUGUUGUACCAUGCUAUACAAAGCUAACUUUUGUAAAGUAUUUUUCUUGUACAUGAUUCUAUGUAGUGUUUUUCUAAUGUUGUACAUUAAUGUUAAAUACAUUGUAAAUGGUUAG